GAAGACUGAAAAAAAAAACCUGUUUCUAUAUGACUUGCUUUGCUACUUUGUUAAAUUCGAUACUUUGAUGAAAAAAAUUUAUCUAACUCUAAUGUUUUAGGUGAUGUAGUUUAUUAAGUAAAUUUUUGUGUAUAUAACGUUUUAGAAUGAUGGAGGCGAGUGCUAGUUCGAGGUUAAAGUAGUAUUCGUGGAAAGAUAUAAUGUCGGACCGAGAAAGUGGGGAUGAACAGCAUCCUGCCCAAAGGGGGCAGAUGGUGCCUCAGGGAGAGCAAGAGUUGGCAACCAAGAUGCUGCAAAUACAAUCUAAAAGGUUUUAUCUGGAUGUUAAACAAAAUAGAAGAGGACGUUUUAUUAAAGUAGCAGAGGUUGGUGCAGCUGGUCGAAAAAGUAGGCUACUUCUAGCUAUGUCUACAGCUGCUGAAUUCAGAGAUCAUCUAACUUCAUUUAGUGAACUUUAUGCUUCUUUAGGUCCUCCAAAUCCUGAUAAUUUACCAGAAGAUGGAAAAUUAAAGAGUGAAGUUAUGGUGAAAGAUAAUAGACGUUAUUAUUUGGACCUGAAAGAAAAUUCUCGUGGAAGGUUCCUAAGGGUUUCCCAAACUAUAGCUAGAGGUGGGCCUCGUUCACAAAUAGCUAUACCAGCCCAAGGUAUGAUAGAAUUUCGAGAUGCUCUAACUGAUUUAUUAGAAGAAUUUGGAACUGAUGAUGGGGAGUUCAAGGGAGAAUUGCCUGAGGGCCAACAUAUGAGAGUAGAAAAUAAAAACUUUUAUUUUGAUAUUGGUCAAAACAGCAGGGGAAUUUACAUGCGUAUAUCAGAGGUAAAGAGUAAUUUGAGAACAGCCAUCACCAUUCCAGAGAAGUCUUGGUCCCGUUUUCGAGAUAUAUUUGCCGACUAUGUAGAUAAGAUGAAAGAAUUGUCCGAGAAAUCAGCUGCAGGGGGUAAAUGAAACUAUCUCUAGUGCCAUCCUGAGCAAAAUCAAUUGUACAGAGACUUUAGUAGUAUGCGACACGUUCUUUGCAGAUUCCGACUGUCCCGCUGGUGAUUGUUUAGGUGCUGUUAUUUGUUCCCGGUGAAUGACUGUUUUCUUUGUUGCGUCGCUAAGAGAUAAUAUUAAAAAUAAAGCUUUGGCCCAUGCUGUAGUGGGCCCCGUCGGACCAGAAACCCGGUGAAAAUAUGGAUGCUAUAGCUGCAUUGUUUGUUUUUUUACGUAUUGGUUUCUGAUUGUUCAUUUUGAAAUAUGAACUAUUGCAGAAAUGCACCUAGGUCAAUGAGUAAUUACAUGAAUUUGCUGUUUUAAGGAAACUUCUGUUAUGAUAUGAAAUGUAUCCAAAGAAUUUUUAUUGAUGGUAAUUUCUGCACUGAACCGGUGAUCAUUUUCAGAGUAUAUGAUAUUAAGUUUGGGUUGACACUAAAUUGUGUUUAAUACAGAAUUUAGUUUUUAGUCCUUUUUUUAUACCGGUAUAUUCAUGUUUAAUCUCUUGUUACUAAAGUUAUGUAUGUUGUUUAUUUCUACAGCAUCUGGUGCACUGUGUCAAACUUAAAAAAUAAAUAAAUAAAAAUAAGUAAAUUAAUUUAAAAAAUCCCUAAAUUGUACUUAGAUUUAUUUCUGUAGAAAUACAGUAUUAUGUAAUUUUUUCUAAUAGAACAGAUUAUGAGUGGUCUAUUAUGUUUACAAAAUAUAUUUUCUGUUUCCAGAUUUCCUUAUUCAUAUUAUUAAUUGAUUAUACUCGGUAUUUUGAUUACCCCUGCAGUGUAGCAAUUUUUUUCUACAAAGUUAAAAUUAUUCAUGUUUUUGCUUUUAGCACUUUUGAUAUAACUGCUGUCUAAUUUAAAUGCAUAUAUAAAUAAUGUGUUCUUCAAAAGCAGCCUGAUGUUACAUCACUAUAAUUCACCAGUGAUGUGCUAAUUCUAGCAAGAUACUGGGCUUGCUUUUGUGGGUUUGCGUUUCUAAAGUCUCUGGGCCUUCCAACAUUUGAAUUUUCUGUACGUGCUGAUGUCCGUAGCCACCAGCAUUUGAUACACAACAUCUUUGAGUAUACUCUUGAUAGUUACAGGUCUGCCAUUUUAGAUAUUUUAGUGAAUGUAGAUAAUUUAUUUUUAAUCAAUAUCUGUUUUUAACUAUGUGUUGAAAAUGAUUAUGAAAAAAGAUCAUUGAGCCAUAACCUAUAAACUUGGGGCCACCAUUAAAAAUAAAAGAGGAAUAAUCAGUAUGUUUCAAAGCAAUCACUCACGUUAUACAAACUUAUCACUGUUGUUAAAUAUCUAGUGAACUGUAAAUUAUCACUUGUUAUAUUUAAAUGUCUUUCAGAAUUUGUAUAAUAAGUUAAUGUGAUAUAAAUUUGAGAUUUUGGAAACGCAACUUGCCAUUUCUAAUGUUUCCUGACUGAAAUAAGCAAUGAAUGCAUAUGGUUGCCAAAAGUCACUGGUAUAUGUAUUUCUGUUUAUUUUAAUUGGUAUGACAAAAGGCUAUGUGAAUAUAUUAGAGCAAAUUUGAAUUUAAAAUGUCUGCCCUGGAAAUGGGCUAACAGUAUUACAUUAUUAUGCAGUUAUUAUUUGUGCAGUAUCUUGGGAACUUGGAAUACCUUUUUACCAGCUGCUUUUCAAAAAAAAAAAAAAAAGGAAAGAAAGAAAAAUAAACUGCAUACUUUGUGUUCAUGACCCAUUUGCCUUCAAGGCAUAUUCAGCUCUAUACUAAUGUCAGUGAAAUUUGUUGGACUUGGCUGUAUUGUUCUAGAGCUUGAUGAAACAGAAAGCUGCUUUUUUGAAAAGUUGUUGCUUGUUAUACAACCUGAACCAUUUACUGGCCUGAUCUGUGUUCAGUGAUAUGAUCCAAAUCAAAAGAAAACUUUAAAAGUAUGUAUUUUCUCUUAUAAUGUAAAAUUCUUGGGUGGGAUCAGUGCAGUUAUUAAAAGUGAAAAUUACAUUCACUGUAGUUUUAGUCUGUUAAAAACAUACUAGCAGUCUUUCUCUGUAUAUAUCAAAAGUCUUUUUUGAAUUGACUUAAAAUUAGGACACAACUUUGUACAUUUUUAUGGGCAGUUAGAACUUUCUUUAAGUAUUGUUCAAAGAUUUAGAAGCCACAAAGCAGAUGCAUUCAGUUAUGAGAUGCUCUUGUAUUUUGUAUGUAAAUAAUUCUGUGUAUUAAGUGAACUUGUAUAUUGCCUUCAGUUUUUGUUUUCUGUAAGCUCACCUAUUGGAAAUAAGAUUUUUUUUAAUAUUAGAUUAUCUGCAUAUGCUGUUGUUUUUUUUUUUUAAAUAAGCAGUGUCUUAAUUUCCUUAGUUAUUACUUUAUUUUAGUUUUGUGUCUUUAAAUGAAAGUGUUUUAUUUUUUCCCAGUAUUUUAAAUAUUUAAAUUUGCCAUGUUCAGAUUUUUGUUGUAUUAGCCUUAUGUCAUAUUAGUUAGAAAUAAUGAAUUUUUGUUAUCAGUUUAAAGGUUGUCAGUUAUUAAUUCAAGUAAUUUUAUGUGUUCUGUCUAUGUUUUGCCCUAGUGUAAUUGUUUUAAAAGAAUAAUAUUCUAUAUUUCGAUAUUAAUACAGCUAAAUGCCAUUAAAAAAUUCAUUUUCUUAAUAGAAAACUAUAUGGUUUAUCACCUUUUUCCAUAGUAAAUGACUACUAGGCCAACCUAGUAAGCUUGGCCAGUAGAUGUGACACACAUGGAAAGGAAUUAUUUCAGUAAUUGGUCUGACUUUUUACUUUUGGGCAGUUGAUUUGAAAGAGCUGUCUUUCAAAGGUAUUUUUUAAUGAUCCUUAGGUGAGCUGCACCUGGCUUUCCAAAAUUUCAAUUAAUCUUUGUCAAAUGCUGUUGUUACAUAAGUCUGUUUGCAGUGACAAAGAGAGUUAUUUCUCACACACCGGCCAUUGCUAGCUAACUUUUCUAUAAGCAGUUACUGCCAAGCUGCUCUUUUUUCAUAAAAAAAAGACUUAAUUAUAAUAUUUCUAUGAGUGUUAAAAUAUUUUGGUUUUUACAUAUUUUGGACUACAUUUGUGUGAACCCCUUUCCAUUGUUAAGUUAACUUGGUUAUUCUUUGAAAAGUAUAUUUCUCCAUCUGUUUUUAAUUAUUUAUCUGGGGUAACAUAGCAAUUACACUGCCACUCUAAAAUAAGAUGUACUAGGUUUUAAACACCUGGUAACAUGCGCAUCUAGAGGGUUUGAGAUGUUAGAUAUUUGUUUGUUAUAUUGUUGUAAAAUAAAUGUUAGUGCAGCACUUAACAGAUAUGUUUUGUUAUAAUGCUUUUUCAUUCUUUGAAUUUUGCUUAUGAAUUCUUUGCUUUUUGCAAGGGCAGAUUAAGAAAAUAUGAUAGCAUCUUAUUACUUAUUGCACUGCAAGAUCAUAGUGCUAACCAGAUCCCGGUGUUAAUAGUUAUAUAGUUGUAUUUUUAAUUUAGAUUAUAUUUAUUUGCCCAAAAUGUUGAAAAUUUGUGUUUUAUUUUUAUAUAUAUAUUGAAGAUUUUGUAUUCAUUUUCUUACAGAAACCAUUAUUUAGUUUAUUAAUAUUUGGAAAGAAUACCUAUAUGUGUAUAAAGUGUGAAAUAAGUUGUGUCAAAUUUGUUUUCAUGUUCCUGAUUUCUUAUAUUGAUAGUAUUUAUUUUCUUAUAUUUUCAUUUCCUUUUAAAAAAACAAUAUAUAUGUUUUUUCAUAUUUAAAUAACAAUUAAGAUUUUUUGUAUUCUUUGGAAGUUCUCAUAUGCAGUAUGAUUAGUUUAAAUUUGUUUUUAAAUAAGUAGUUGAACAAAAGUAUGAUCUCUUAGCGUGGAUACUGAGAUGAAUCUUGUCUGCCCUUGCGUUUUGUAACUAUGAAAUAAGUAUUCAUUAUACUUGAAAGCUAACCAUGUUAUGUUACUUUUUAUUUCACCCACAUCAGAGCUUUAAGAAAGAGAUUAGUGGGGAUACUGUUAAAACUGCACAGUUUUAUGACUUAUGUAAAACCAUUUGUAGAUAUAUUUGUGAAAUUUUAUGUAACUUACUAUGUUUUAAAAAUAUUCCUCUAUUUUUAGUCUGUAUUUCUUUAACUACAUACAGUGAACACUUAUUUAAUCAUAUCUCAAAACAUAUAUAGUAAUAUGGUUUUGAAAAAAGUCAUUUGGGUGAGAAAUUCAUAGUGUUUUUGCAAUUUCUGUGUGGAUAUGUGUAUGUGUGUUAUAUGCCUGCAUGCGUAUGUGAAUAGAUGUGUGUAUUAGAAAUUUGUUUGUAUCCGGCACAUUAUCUGUUCUACACGUUGCAUGAAAUUGUAGUUUUUCUUGUUUUCAAAUGCACUGAUAAUUUUACGACAUUAAUUAAUGUGAUAUGUUACUUUCAAAAAGUUAAUUGAAGAGAAAGGAUUUGAAGUAUGUCUAUAUCACUCUGCAUUUCACUUUAGUAGUGUGCUUAAAAAUAGCAUGAAAUUCAAUCUGAAAUAAUUUGCAUUCUCUCCAAGUGGAGUUUAAUGGGCAAAAAGUAUAUUUGUCCUCAUCCUUCUGUGAAAAGAAAACAAAAGCUUGAUUAAUUUUUAAUCAUUUUAGCAAUGAAUUCAGCAUCUUGAUUGUGUUUUUCACAGAUUAGUGCAUCUUUAUUAGCACCAUGGUUCCCUCUUUUUCUCCAUCCAGUAUCAAACACUUAACUAUUUAUGUCAUGUAUGGCAGGAAUGUAAAAUAUAUUUAUAUGAAAUUUGUUCUUGAUAAGUAUCAAAAAGGAAAUAUUCUAAUAAUAGUAAUAUUUCACAUUCCUUUCUUUGUUUGGAGUUUUCUGGAAAAUUAUAUGCACAGGAUAUUUUCGUUGCAAAAAAAAAUUGGCUUUUUUAGUAUUUUGAUUUAACCAAAUAUUCUGUAUGAAAAUGUGAUAGAAUUUCUUAUGGUGUGUUUUUGAACAAAUAAUGGUUCAGAGACAGUAAAUGCCAGUGUUGAAGGUUUUGUGAUAACUUGAAAUUGUGGCCCUUUUGGAAGUGCAGUGUUUUUUGCUGCUGAAUGUCUUCCAAGAUUUUAUGAAAGCUCCAAUACAAUUGUGUAUUGGUAACUCUGCACUGAAUAUCCAUAUACUUCUGAUGAUCAUAUGUCUGUGUUUAUACAAAAAUUUAAGAUUAGUGCUGUAAUACUAGAUAUGUUUUUUAUUUGUAAAUAAGUAUAUUAGCAGAAAUACGGGACAGAAUCAUGUUAUGAGAGGUUGUAAAUGUAAUAUUUCUAUUUACGUUAUACAGAAAUUUGUCAGCCAUUUUCUUAUUGAAAUUCUGGGAUCAUUUAUUGAUGAGCAUAGCUUCUGUGAUUGCUAAAUUAGAGUUUCUUGGAUAAAGAGUUUAAAAUUUGUAUUGCAAGGUGUUUGGAUAUAUUUGCAGUAAGACAAAUAAGGUAACAAAAUCCCCCCCUCCCUUUUUUUUUCUAAGAUGUAGUGUGUUAAAAGAUUUUCUAUGUUAUUCAUCAUAGCUUUAUGGAACAGAUAUGUUCUAAAGUACGUAACUCACUAAUCAAUCAAAUAGUUUUAUUAAGAAACAAUGGCUGGAGAUGCAAAGCUAAAAGAAAAUUUUCUAACUUUAAUUUGCCUAGUAACUUCAGACUCAUUUGCAAAUAUUUAGGAAAAAAGCGUUUUAAUAAGUAAUAAAACUGUUGAACAUAGUUCUCAUUUCCAUUCGAUAUCGUGCUAUUCAGUUCCAUUUUAUCAGAGAGAAAGCCAUCUUGAUUUAAUCUGCUAAGCACUGGAAUUUUAUAUAUUGUGUAUAUAAAGUUUAUGUAAAAAAAAUUUAAGUAAUAACAAAUUUAUGAGGAUUUUAUACUUAUGUAUAUGAAAUUAAAUAUUGAUGGCAAAUUUUUUGUUACUAUUUUAAUUUUUUAUUGAAUAACUUUUUUUCAUAAGUUUUUAGUGUCUGCAAAAUAGUCAACUGUUCAGUCUGUUCAUUAACAAUGAAUUGAUUAUAUGGCAUAAAUAUACCAGCUUUUCCUAAGUAAAUCUAUCGCAGCGGAAAAUAUGCUCACAAAACAUAUGUUUGAUAUAUUUAAAUUUUUCUAGUUAUAGAAAAAUUUAUAUGGUUUCUUUUUAUCCUACCUUUUAUUAAUAGCAUUUAGUCCUCGAGGAAAUUUGCACAGUAUAUGAGUCAAAACUGUACAUACGUUUUAAAUUGAUUGAAAAGAAUGAAUCUUUUGUAUUUAUAAAACCUUGAAUAUAUGAAUUACAUGAAGCCGAGAAAUUAUUCCUGAAACUAGAAUUUAUUUUUAUAGUUUUACUUUAUCAAAGGAACAGCUGUAUAUGACUUCUUUCUUCUUUUACUGAAAGCUCUUAGCUAUGAUUAAAAUCUUUCAAUAGCACAAAAACAGUAACAAGCUCUAAACAUUUAUGCAGAGGGGAAGAUGCAUUCAGUGAGCCUUCUUUGCUAAAUUAAUGUAUCUAUCACUAAUGAUUUCCAGAGGGUUUAAACACAGUGAUUGUAUAUCCAGAGCUGAAAUAGGGGUGAGGCACAUGCCACAAGUAGCUAGAAGGAGACCCAAAUUAGCUACGAAAAUUUAGAAAUCAAUUUUUAAGAAAGAAAUCAGUUAUUAGCUUUUAAUUUUGGAAUAAAUCAAAAAGCAUCAAAAUAAUUUUAUUGUAAAACAAUCCAACUGAAUCAAGAGAAGAAUUAAUAAAGAUAAUUUUUUCUCCAAGUUGCUGAUGCCUUACAGUGCUAUAUAUUAUUUUCUAACCGUAAAAUUUAUUGUUAGAACUUAUGUACUGAAGCUAAUUUUUUACACUUGUUUACACUAACAUAUUGGGCUGCAUAGAAAGUUAUGCUCCUGACAUCAAUAAUUCUGUGCUAUCUCCCUUUUAAUUUGAGCUAUAGCGUCUUAUUACUCUUACUGCGAAGUAAUAUUUCUAAACUCCUCUAACUGAAGAUGGAUGGCAGUGCAGCUUCCUACAAUUUUUGCAACAUACUUAUCACACAAAAGCUCUGAUAUUUAAAAUAUUUAUCGUAUUUUUAAUAUUGUACUUCACUCUUUUGUAUAAAAUGUGUCACUGAACAAGAUGUACAGUCUUCUUGUUUUCAUCUUUAAUUUACAGAAAGCUAUACAAUUGGUUUUGUUUGUGGUUAUUUCUUGAGCAGUUGUACAGAUAGCUGAACAGGCACAUUAGUCAGUGUCAUUAUCUUUCUCUGAAAAGACUGGAAUGCAAAUAUAUGAAGAAAGAAAAUGUUUCUUUCUCUUCCCUUCCCCCCAGUUUUAUUGCUGAUAAUGGAGCCAUAGAAUGGAUUGUUUAAUAUGCAUGCCAAAGAAAUUUAAAAAAAAAGAGAGAGAGAGAGAUUUGUAAUUGUGAAUAUUUUAUCAAAAUUACUGAUGUUUUAUGGUGUUAAGUUUUAAGACAAAACAUUCUCACUACUCCUAAUAGCUGAUAAUAAUAUUAAAGAACAUGUUUUAAAAA